UGAGGUCACGUCGACGUAUUCCACGUCACGGAAGUCACAGAGAUGAUGAUCCAUUAUCUAAAACUGAGCUGGGAACUUGGGUUAUCGGUCUUGUAAUGUUGCGGUACUGUACAGGAUACAGACUCGGGACUGUCUUGGUCUAAAAGAGAGCCGGAAGCUCUCGAAAGCGGAGGCGCUGAGUUGGUGGGCGAGCCUGCCUGCCGUUUUGCAGGCUAGCUCGCUAGUUUAGUAGCCAGCUGCCUUGGCGACGAGCUGAGUAACUAAUCUCAAGACAGCCAUCGAGGCAGCUCGCAGUUAUUUCAUUUUACUGUCGCCUUGCGUUGCGUAGCCAUGGCAACUCGGCGACUGACCGAUGCUUUCUUAUUAAUGCGGAACAAUGCAAUCCAAAACCGGCAGAUUUUGGCUGAGCAAGUGAGUACAUACGACCCCCGUCGUACUCUGAAUACACGUAGCAAUGCUGCGGAGUUUGAUGAGUUGGCUGAUGACCGUAUGGCCCUGGUGUCAGGCAUCAGUUUGGAUCCAGAGGCUGCUAUCGGUGUCACGAAGAGACUCCCGCCUAAAUGGGUGGAGGGAGUGGAUGAGAUUCAGUAUGAAAUCACACGUAUUCGUCAGAAGAUGAAGGAACUGGCCAGUCUGCACGACAAACACAUGAACCGGCCCACGCUGGACGACAGCAGUGAAGAGGAGCACGCCAUAGAGAUCACUACACAGGAAAUUACACAGAUGUUUCACAGGUGCCAGCGGGCCGUGACGGGGCUCCAGACUCAGAGCCGUCAUUGUACAGAGCAAGAAAACAGGCUGUUGACCAACGUGGUCUCCUCACUGGCCCAGAGCCUUCAAGAACUUUCCAUCAACUUCAGACACACGCAGUCAAGCUACCUGAAGCGUAUGAAAAACCGUGAAGAAAGAUCUAAGCACUUUUUUGACUCUGGUCCUCUGGUGGAGGAAGAUGAAGAUAUUGCGGUAUAUGACAGAGGGUUUACAGAUGACCAACUAGUGCUCGUUCAGCAGAACACAGUGCUGGUUGAGGAGCGAGAGAGAGAAAUUCGACAAAUUGUUCAGUCCAUCUCUGACCUUAAUGAGAUAUUUCGAGAUCUUGCUGGAAUGGUUGUUGAACAGGGCACGGUUCUGGACAGAAUCGACUUCAAUGUGGAACAAGCGUGUGUCAAAACAGAAGAGGGACUGCAGCAGUUGCAGAAGGCUGAACAGUACCAGAAGAAAAACCGCAAGAUGCUGGUCAUUUUAAUUCUUUUUGUCAUAGUUGUUGUUCUAAUACUUGUUCUGUUCGGGACAAAGUUUAGGUGAAUCAUUCCAUGGCCUCUAGGAGGGAUCUACCGGUAUGUUUGAGAGAAACUGAUGUUCGUGUGAGUGGGUGCACAUGCUAAUUUUCAUCACAUUGUUUGAGCGUGGAAAAUGUGUGGAGAAUUUGGAAGGUGCUUGUGUUUUAAACUACUACACAACAAAGUGAAGCAAAAAGGACGCCCCCUUCUGGUCACCGAGUGCAGUGUCUGGAGAUGUUCGCGUUUAAUUCUGUAUUGAGAGGCAGUUUUAGUACUCCGGUGUCUUUCAAAAACAAAUUUGUCCUUCAUUUUUCCUGCACAAACACAGCAAUGAGGAGCUACCCUUGUCAUCUCAUUUGAAAAAUACAAAAAGAUAAGUUAUCUUCAGAAGAUGAUCGUAUCUGCUUGGGUUAAUUCCAAAAAAAUGUAAAAAGAAUUUAUGCGUAAUUUUUUCCCACGUUAUCAUUUUUUGCACAUUUCCCUCUCAACUCUCAUUACUGUAAUGCAGAAUUAAAUCAUUUUAAAUCAAAAGUAUUUGCAUUAUUACAGUAUUAUUUUACUGUAUAACUGUUACAAAUCUAAUGGGUAUCACCAGUGAUAAUAAUUUAAAAUAAAUAAAAAAAAAUUGAGACUUAAAGGGGGAGUGGGCUUAUUGGUUAAAAAAAAAUUCAUGAUGCAUAUUCUUUUGAAUAUUGGGUUAAGUGUCACCUGAACGUGUCUUUUCAGUCAACAUCAUCUUCAAUGAAACCUGUCAUAAGCUGCCUCUGAAUCAGACCUCGCUUGCAGGUUAGGAUGUGUGCGUGUUGUAGGUGAAUCCAAGGCGUGAGUGUGUGUGUGUGUGUGCCUGUCACUGACACUCCAGUAAACCACGGAGGGAGUUGAUGAAUGAGGAACAUGUACCUAAAGCAUUUAUCGUGUUCAGUUUUUAAUUUCUUUUUUUAUGUGAUAAAAUGUUUAUGAUUGGGAUUAUGACGUGUUGAAUGAUCUUAAUGUUACAUUGUCCUUUACGAGCGUCCAUAACUGAGCAUUAACUCCUCUGCUCACAUCGGCGGAGGUGUUUUACGCACCACCAUGUAUUUGUCCACGUUUUAAUGGCAGUGUUGUUGUCAUUAUAUCAGUAUCAUUUCAGCGAUUUAUUCAGCGAAAAGCAGGAGUGAUUCAUCAAGAUUUUUUGCUUCACUCUGUUCCUUGCCUUAAAGAGUGAAAAUCUGUGCGCUGAACUUGGAUGUUUUUUAAAGCUUUCCUUGUCCAUGUUUCUUUGGCUGGUGUUGUCACUACCGUAUCGUUAAGUCUGACCUUUGAACUUAAACUGAACUUUGACUCAGUCGGGUCCCCUGACUGACUACAACUACUGUUCCCUGUACAAGAUGAAAUUAUUUAUUUUAAUGCAAAUAUGUGUACAGAGUUUAUGGAGUUCUGUUUUUGUCUAUUGGUAGUCCUGAGUCUUUUUUUUCCCCUUUGUAUAUUGCAAAAUUGCAUUUCUCUGUCCUUUUCAAAAAUCAAUUCCUGUUGGCUUUUGUGAAGGGUAAUUGCACCACUACUGUAUGAUGGGGUUAAAUCACGAAGUUGACCAUAUUAUUUUAUACAUACAGAGACCGUUUAUUCUUCUGUUUAUUUUAGAAGGGUUAAAAAAAAUAAAUAUAUAUAAACAACUGCACAUUCAAUGCUUCAAUCCAUUUCAUGUGAUUUACUCCAUGGUUAUGGCGUGAAACCCAGUGUGAAUAUUUUUCUGCCAUUUAUGGUACUACUGUAUGCUAUCUGAACCUUCUGUAAACGCUGAACAGGUUUUUAAUGAAAUUAAAAAAUAUAUAUAUGUAAA